UCUCACAAGAACAUGAACAGGUAGAUCUUAUCAGUUUCAUUUUGCGAGGGUGAAAAUGAAGUUCACAAGGUUAGCUAACUUUCCAAAGAUGACCCAUCUGAGGGGUUAGAACACACUGUUGAGCUAGUAUUGAAUUCAGGUCCAUCUGAUUCAAGAACCAAUUGACUAAACUACUUAGCCAUCAGUCUAGCCACCUUCUAGGAUAGGCAAAUACCUUAAGCAUGCUCCUCUAAAAGCUUGUGGUUGCUGAUUUUGGGUUAAGACCAGCAGGGAUGAUGCUGUGGAAAGAGAUGCCCAUGGAAAUGGGGAACGGGACCACCGUCCAAGAAUUCACCUUGGAGGGGUUUCCUGCCAUCCAACACCUGGGAAAGGUCCUCUUCCUGGUGCACCUGCUGGCCUACCUGGCAUCCAUUACAGGCAAUGCUGUCAUAGUCACCAUCACCUGUGCUGACUCCCGGCUCCAGACACCUAUGUACUUUUUCCUCAGCAUUUUCUCCUUCUUUGAGUGUUGUUUCACAAGUGCUGUUAUUCCUAAGUUGCUGGUCAUCUUUCUUUUAGGCCGCCAAACCAUUUCCUUUCUUGCCUGUUUCAUACAAGCCUUUGUGUUUGUCUAUCUGGGAGCAGCAGGUUUCCUCCUCAUAGCAGUGAUGUCUGUGGAUCGGUACAUGGCCAUUUGCAAGCCUCUGCAUUACCCAACCAUCAUGAACCUCAAGACUUGCUUCCUCUUGGUCACUGCCUGCUUCACUUUGGCCUUCACUCUCAUCACUAGUCUGGUAGUAAAGGUUUCCCAGUUAUCCUUCUGUGGCCCCCAUGUCAUUCCCCACUUCUUCUGUGACCUUGGUGCCCUGAUUCAUCUCUCCUGUUCUGACACAAGGUCUGUUGAAAUGUUGGUCUUUGUCCUUGCUUUGUUGAUCCUUUUGACAUCCCUUAUCAUAACUGUCAUUGCAUACAGCAACAUAGUAGUCACAAUUGUGCGACUCCCAUCAGCCAAGGAGCGACAGAAAGCUUUUUCCACCUGCUCGUCUCACCUCAUUGUCCUCUCCAUGAUAUACGGCAGCUGUGUCUUUAUAUAUGUGAAACCAAAGCAAACAAACAAGCUGGACUCCAACAGGGAGGCUGCCCUUGUGAACACAGUGGUGACCCCGCUGUUGAAUCCUGUCAUCUACACUCUGCGGAACAAGCAGGUCCACCAGGCUCUGAGGGAGACAAUGUGCAGAAUGAAAAUAUCAAGAUAAAAAAAAUUAUAUGGCCUUGGCAUGGAAGUCUUCAGAGAAUCAUCGUCUUCAUUCUCGCCAAUGUGACAGUCCAUAGGGUUGUAGUGCUGCGUCUCUGGAAGAUGUCACUUCCCCUUUGUACAUCCCUAGCAAAACAGAAAUCUAUUUUCUAGGCCACAUUUUACUUAGAUGUGCAAAACUAUCUCUCCCUAAAUAUCCCACAUGUAUGUUUUGAAAAUGUUUAUUUCUGUAAUUUGAGAGAGAGAGAUGGGGGGCAGGGAAGCUCAGAGAGAGAGAGGGAAGGAGAGAGAAUCCUGACAGGGUCCAAACCCCACAUGGAGGCCCAAUGUGUGGCUGGAUCCCAUGACUGUGAGAUCAUGACCUGAGCCAAAAUCAAGAGUCAGACACUUAACCAACUGAACCACCCUACUGCCCCUAAAUAUUCCACAUAUUGAUGACAAUCGAUUAAUUGCAAGAUCCUUUACUGAAUUUUGAUUCUUAUCUCUGAUAUAAACCAUGUGCUUGAAAUUUCUAAAAUUUAGUAAUUUAUACUCUUUUUAUUUCAUUUCUAUCUAGCCAUGAACAUGACUCAACAGAAUUAAUAAAUAUUUACCAAAGGCAUUUAGAUAGCUAAAAUGAUAGAUGCUUGUAUAUUAGGUUGUGGUUAUGAAGAAAAUGACAGAAAUAGUACCAAUGCUUGGGUCUACAUUCCCUUCAUGCUUAGCCCAAGGAAAUAAUGGUCAUAGUACCCAUUACCUUGGAAUAUAUAUGGUUUGCAUCAGGUGUGCUCUUAAAUGCUGUCCUUGGCCUUUAGCUUAGCUACAUACAUAUGCAUCAUUCUCAUGCUGGAGAGGAACAGAAUUGUUCUCAGUCUUAGAACAUUCUGUAAGGAUAGGGAAUAACCACAGCAUGUCACAGCUGACCAAUGAUGCUAUUUGCCUAAAUUAUUUAUUCAUAAUCAGCCCCUCAGAUGCAUGAAUACUUAUGAUUUGUUCCUAUAUAAAAGCUGUUACCACAGAAUGUUUGUGUGUUAGUAUAAGGGAGCACAUGUUUCAUAUUUCUGUAAUUUCUUCCAAAGUCUAAGUUGGUGUAAUCUAAGUUAUUUGCCUAUCUUCUUCACAUUACUAAUGAAAAUAAACAAAUUAAGCCUUUUU